AAGACUGUGUGCACCGCGCUUGCGCACUCCUGAAAUCGCUGAAUGGAGGUUGUUUGAAAUUCAUCGGAGUACUUAAGUGUGAUAAGUUACAUGCGAUGAAAUACUGCUCUUUUAACUAGCGUGAUACAUUGCCGAGAGUGCUUCUCACUAUGGAGCGCACUGAUGGCGGGGAUGAGACGUCUUCAUCUCCAGAGAAGCGCUCUCCUGUGCUGGACCGCAACCCGUCACCGCCUCCGGACACAGCAGAUGGACAGGAGGAGGAGGACUUGGACGCGAUUGGAGAAACUGUUUACAGCAAGCACUGGGUUUUCAGCACUCUGACCCGACUCAUCCAGAUGGUCUCAGAGCAUACAGAAGAGGAUGCAGAUGGUCAGAUGCAGCUCGCUGAUGAUGAGGAGGAGGAUCUGUGUAGAGUUUGGGAUAUGGCAAUGGACAAGGACGUGGCUGGUUUCCUGCAGGAGUUCAAAGCCGCAGAUAUCCUUCUUGGAGUCAUAGCCAAAUCUCGUUGCCCUCGUCUCACAGAGAUUUGUGUGGGAAUUCUUGGGAACAUUGCCUGUUUCCCUGAAACGUGCUUGACUCUCAGCCAAAAUGAAAACCUAGGAGCUGUGCUGUUGCUUCUUCUUGGAGACACUGAUCCUCCUACCCUUUUGGAGACGAGCAGAUUACUGCUUACCUGUGUCUCUCAGAAAGAUGUCUGCUCCCUGUGGCUGCAGCGAAUCCGACAGCAGACUUCUUUACGCUACAACCUCUGUUUCAUCAUGUGCAGCUCGACAAACCUGGACCUGCUGGUGAAGGUUGGAGAGCUCGUUGACAAGUUGUUUGACCUAGAUGAGGAGCUGAUGAAGAGUUGGAUUACAGCUCAGCCAAGUGAGGAGGAUGAUGGUGAGAGCCGUCUGGAUGUGGCUUCAUCCCUGCUUGAAGCUGCCAAGCAGCUUAGAUCAGACAGUCAAGAUGGUUUAGAGGUGUACGUGCAUGCCCUCCAGCUCCUCACCACCAUAGAUGAGGGGAUUCAGACUUUGGGUGAGAACCAUCAAUUUGACACAAUUUCACCUGAAGCUCAGCAGCUGAAACUCUUUUAUUCUGUUUGUCUUCCAGCUGCCCCUGAUGGGUCAGGCAAAGCGGUGUGGGACUUCCUGUGUGAGGUUGUGUGUGAGGACCUCUGCCAGCCAGACGACCCCCCACUUGUCUUACAAGAGCAGAAAGUCCUUUUGGUCCAGGCAUUUGCAGUGCUGUCAGCUCUUUAUCAAUGCCAGGAGCAGUGGCACAGCAGAAGUGACACAUAUCUGCCCCUUAUUGGAACUGUCCUGCGGGUGCUGCAGUACCACAGCGAGUACCAAAGCGAUAAGACUGAAGGCUGUGACGGCAAAGGAGACACCCAGAGCGAAGAGACAAAAGAUGAGCAGCUCCAGGCACUGGUAGAAACCACAGCCGAGUUCCUAGCUGACAUCUUUUUUCAGAUCCCCAAGGACUCAGUGGCAGAAUUGGUACGGAAAGGUUACUUGACAGAGAAGACCUGUUUUUCAGCAGCGGUCGGUUUGCUUCCCCAGUUUAAGUCUGCAUUCCAGCACCUGGAGUCCAUGUUGUCAGAGAUUGAUCCCCAGUUGGCAGACAUGCUGAGGAAACAGCUUCCUGCCUGAGGCACCCAGCAGACCAGUGUUGAGGACUCAUCCAGACUGUGGCAGCCGCCCUUUGUAGUGUCGUCUUUUUUCUCCUCCUGCCUUCAGUUGGACUAUUUGGAUUUCCGUUGGAAAGACUCUGGAGGUGAGGCGGUCACAUCUUCACAAUUGGAGGACAGACAAUGGACAUUAUUACUGAAGCUGUAAUUCACAUCGUGAGCUAAACGUUUUGAGAAUUUACAUUUACAUUUUUGUAUUAAGGUGUUAAUAGCUUUUAUUAAAAGAUUUUUCUUCUCCAAAACAUGA